GAGAGGGGGGCGGUAGAGAGACCUCCGGUAGUGACGGAGGCUCUCCGUUACCGGGAAGUGUCGGAUGGAGCUUUCGGUUUCGGGGUCCGUCGUUCAAAGAGAGCCGAGCCUCCGUUUAUCAAUCAGCUGAUCGAUCACUGAUGCCUCCGCGCGCCGCCUCCCGGGAGGAUGAGUCGGUAGGAGGCUAACGGCGAGCUAACGUUACCGGCCCGGUCUCUCAUGUCUUUUCGUGUUUUCACGUCGUUAGCAGCGUUCAGCGGAGCCCUUACCGAACCGGUCCGGACCUCCAGCGGCUGUCGGUCGGUGCCCGGUUACCGGGAGGAUGCAGCAGCUAGCCGCCGUUAGCUCCGCUGUUUAUUUAUAUAGCCGUUAUGUAAGAGCCCGAUUAGCAGCGCGAGCUAACGUUAGCCUGCCGUGAUGAAUGACGCGCAACAAGAAAUGUCUCCGGACUUCGUCCUGAUGCGGCUCGUGUCCGCGGCGGAGUACGACCGGCUGGACGAGCCCGACGACCUGAGGUCCGGGAGCGGCGGGUUCGGGCCCGUGAAAUCGGUGCUGGGUCACCGGAGCGGCGGGUUCGAUGUGGACCCCGGCAGCCCCGCAGGAGGCCUCGGCUCGGCCUCCCCGCACUACAGCUCCCCGCUCCCCGGGAAAGGAGAGCUGGACGGCGGGCUGCUGCUGACGCAGGCCCCGCCGGGCUCCGAGGCGCCGCUGUCCCCGCCGCCGCCGGAGGACUUUGCCGUAGCGGCCCAGCGCUUUGUGGACUACCCGGGGCCGCACGGCUCGGGCGGGCACGGUUCGAGGGCGCAGCUGAUGGUGUUUCAGAACCUGCUCCGAUCCGGAGACCGGAUCCUGGAGUGCGGACUGGAGCAGCCGCCCGGCUUCCUCCAGGAGGAAGCGGAGAGACAGAGACAGCAGCUGGACUCUGGACCAGGUACCGGUCCCGGUAGCACAACAGCCGGCCCUGGGGGCGGGAAGGACCAGAACUCUAACUGCAUCCCCUCUGCAGAGGAGAACCUGCAGCCGCAGCAGUCGCAGCUCCUCCAGUGGCACCCGGUCCUCACGCUGUCCAGGGGGUCUGACGGAUCCCAAACUCCCCAGCAGGGUGUCCCGGUUCUGGACUCUGAGUCCGGGUCAGUCCUGUGCCACCGACAUCGCCUUCUGACAGACCGACUGGCUAAAUGGCCCCCGGGCCUGCUGGACCAAGCCCUGCGUCUGGGCCUGCUGGAACCCAGGAAGAACUGCUCCGCCGGAGGGGAGGACCCGGUUCUGGCUCUGGCCCGGAGGCUGGGUCAGCUGGGUGAGGGGAGGGAGGGAGGAGGCGGUGAGAUGGUGCUCCCCCUCCCUCGCUGCUCUUGUCACAGCGUUCUGUCCUCGGGGACGGGGGGGCCCGGCGAGGACCCGAGUGAGACCAGCGAUGCCCUGCUGGUUCUGGAAGGUCUGGGUUCUGAAGAGGUGGGAAGGUUGGGGGAGGGAGGGGACCAGGAUGUAGUGGACAUGGGGGACGCUGAGAAAGGGGAGAGGGUGGGGGGAGUCAGUGGGGGGGCGGGAGCGGUGUUCUCCAGCGGGACUCUGAGUGGUCUGAUGCGGCAGGUCCACAGACUGGCGGAGGAGGCCGGGGUCUGCACCGACCAGAACUGCCGGUCCUCACUGGCGGUCCUCGGUGCCGCGGUGUCCCUCCCCCCCGUCGUCAGCGGCACCAGCCCCUGCCCGUACCCCCCGGCCCCUCAGGCUGCAGCGACCCCUUGCAGUCUCCAGCUGUCCCCCGACCCUCUCCCGUCCUCCACCCCCGACCCGAGUCCCCGUGCCCCGCACCAGCACCAGUCCCGCUCCCAGCCCCAGAGCCGGGCCACCACCCCCAAACUUGGCGUGGCCUCUGGAGGAGCCGGCCGGUGCGCCUCCCCCUUGGUGGUCCUCGAGGGGGAGGCGGGAGGGGGGAGGGAGGGGGAGAAGACGACGCCGCGAGGGAAGUCGAGGAAGGCCGGGUCCCUGAAGGUCCGGCUCAGCAAGCUGUUCAGAACCAAGAGUUCCAGCGGGGGGUCGGGGGGGCUGCUGGACAAGAGGCCGUCCCUGGCGUCGUCCACCUCGUCCGGGGGGAGUCUGCUGGACGUGUGGGGGUCCACCUGCAGCAACACGGACCAGGACAGCAGCAGGCUGCAGGUGUCCAGACCUCACAGUGCCUUCUCUCCGGUGCCCUUCACUCCUGCUUUCACCGGUGAGACGGUGUCUCUGGUUGAUGUGGAUAUUUCUCGGAGGGGGGGGAACUCUAUUCACCCCCCGACCCCUCCCCCCCCGCCCAGACGGAGCCUCAGCCUGCUCGAUGAUUUCGGGGUUCCUCCCCAGCAGCAGGGUCCCUUCAUGGAGCGCAGCGUGGGGGCCUCCAUGCAGUCCCUGCCCCCCCGGCCGCUGGUCCUGCCCACCUCCCUCAGCACCAUCCAGCACAGCCUGAGCCUCAACGACACCUUCUUGCGAGGAUUACCGAGGCCGGUCCCUCUGCGUCCCGACGGGCAGCACCCCCCGCCCCGACUUGUCCCCCGCUGCCCCCUUGGGCGACCUGACGCCGGCAGCUUCGCCACCAGCCUCAGAGAGCUGGAGAAGUGUGGUUGGUACUGGGGCCCGAUGAACUGGGAGGAUGCUGAGAUGAAGCUGAAGGGGAAACCGGACGGGUCGUUUCUGGUCCGGGACAGUUCUGACCCGCGGUACAUUCUGAGUCUGAGCUUCAGGUCGCAGGGGGUCACACACCACACACGCAUGGAGCACUACAGAGGUACGUUCAGCCUCUGGUGUCACCCUAAGUUUGAGGAUCGCUGUCACUCUGUGGUGGAGUUCAUUGAACGAGCUAUCAUGCACUCCAAGAACGGGAAGUUCCUCUACUUCCUGCGCUCCAGAGUCCCCGGUCUGCCCCCGACCCCGGUCCAGCUCCUGUACCCGGUCUCCAGGUUCAGCAGCGUUAAAUCUCUGCAGCAUCUCUGUCGCUUCUGCAUCAGACAGCUGGUCCGAAUAGACCACAUCCAGGAGCUGCCGCUGCCCACGCCUCUGAUCUCCUACCUGAGGAAGUUUUAUUACUACGACCCCGAGGAGGAGAUCCACCCGUCCCUGAAGGAGAGGGGGCCGGAGCCCAGCAGCCAGCCGGGGGUCCAGCCUCAAACGUAGCACUGGAGCCUGAGAGGACAACUUAUUUUCUUUUCUCAGUUUUUUUCUUCGUUUCUUUUGGACACUCGGUCGCUGAAGGACGUUCAAACACUCAAACUGGACUCAGCCAAUCAGCUCCCUGCGCUCAGUCCUGAAUCCGGGCGGGUUUCAGAUGAUCCACCUUCCUCCGAGCACUCUGAUUGGCUUGGGGGAGGUACAUGGGGAUGUGGAGACUCCGCCUCUCUUUUGAUGUCAUCACUGAGCAGCCGGACUAAGGGAAACGUGACAUGGCGGUUAGCGUCCUCGCUAACCGCCAUGUUAGCGGGGACACGUCGUGUCGCCUCUGGGAUCCUUCAACUUCCAGCUGAACAUUUUCACUUCAGAUGUCUUUAUACUCAGUUUAAUCUACAGGACGACCAACUCAAACUCUUACUGGAGCUUUCAACCGUGCUAACAAAACCUACCAGGAGGAAGUUUAUUCGCUCGCACAGGUGAAGUGAACGAGCUCGGAGGCGGCGUCAUUGUUAAACCUGAAGGCCGGAUCGCACCGGAGAGCAGCAGCCACACGUCUUUGAGAAGUUGGCGCUGCUAGUUAGAACUACUGUAGCUGGAGAGCUAACGUGCUAGCCAGCUGGGAAGAUGUUAGCGGCUCCAGAAGUGUGUUAGCUCGGUGGCUAACGUGAUGCUAAGUGUAUUAAGCGUGAGGUCAUAGUUAUCCAAGGAAGACGUUUCGUCCCUCAUCCGGGAGGAAGCCGCUGAGAUGAAGGACAAAACGUCUUCGAGUAUCUUCAACCAGGUCCAGCUGCUGUUGUUGUUUUCUUCCAUGUUGGACUCUCCGGCUCUCCGUCCAAUCAGAGUUCGGCGCUCUGUCAGGACAGCUUGUUAUUGGUCUCUGAGUUGGGCCGGACACAAAGCCUGCGAGCGCGUUUCCUUCCCCUCUGCGAGUGAAUACACUGAUUUUGGGAUUGAAACGCUGGCGAUGAGGUCUGACCUUCAACCGGACUAAUCUAAUCUGCUCCACGUCAGCUCCCAGAGAACCCUGGGUAAAAACACGCCUGGUUAUUCUGGUUGUACGCAGCAGGAUGUGGGCUGAACCACGCUGGUGAUUUUUCACAAAGCCAUGCUGUUCCGUGGCAGAGCUGCCUGGGGCUGAACGAUCUAGAUUGAGAUUAAUUUGACUGAAAUUAUGAUUUAAUCUAAAUUUGAUAGAAAAACUGAUGGCAGUGAGAUUCUUGAGGUGAUUGGUACCAAACAGAUGUUUUCUUAACUCUGUAGAAUAUGAUGUGCAGCCCAGCACGUCUCUGCAACAAUACUCGACAACAUUUGGAUUAACCUGUUCGGCCCUACAGCUCCCUGAAUCUAAUGGUCUCCCAGCUGAAAACUCAAAAUCCCUGGGAGCCAUUUUCAGAUUUAGCAACUUCAGAAAGUGCUGUUGGACUCCAGAGUGUUGGAUCUCACCUCCAGGUCCAUUUAGUGGCAGUUCUGGAGCUUUCCAAUGGGUCAAACCAUCUUCCUCGGCAGACAGAGCUGCCUGGUUAAACUCACCCACACACCGACACCGAUGGCAGCGAGCUGCUGGCUGCUGGACCGCCAUCGGGGGCAGGUUGGGGAUCAGAGUCCUGACCGAGGACAUGUGGACCUGAGGAGCCGGGGAUCGAACCCCCAACCCAAAGUAGUCGUGGGCCUGUAGAUUCUUUUCUGAGCACUUUAAGGACUUUGGCUUGAAAGCUGAGAUUGGGAACAGCAGGUAAACACCAAGUAAUCUCACCACGAGGUCCGUUUAGUAGCUGCUCUGCUCUAACAACAAGUCUUUGGAUGAAACUCCCUGCAGCUUGAUGUUAAACCUCGAGAUCGUCCUUAGGGCUGGGCCAAAAAUGUUGUCACGAUAAAAACAUUUCACAUCUUUUGACAUCGGUAAUUAUCACGAUAAAUGUCAAGUCUUUAUUCCUUUCAAGUUUAAAGGCUGAUUUUUGCUCCUGACUGAGAAUUGAAGAAAC